AUGCCAAAGGAAGCACCAAAGCAGACGAAACAUGUAUGGAAGGCUAAGACCUCGAACCAGCAAGAAGACGAGUUGGAGAAAACACAAGAUCAUCAUGGUCCAUCCACCUCUGGCUUAUCCCAUGAAGAAAAACAAAGUAUCCCAGUUGAUGUAAUGGAGCAAAGUCCGUUGAUCCACAUUCAAUCAUCCCGGAAAAGAAAAAUGACGAAGGAAAGGUUGGUAUCAAUUAUACAAGAAAAUGAUAAAGAACCAUCACUCUUGGAUUCUUGGGACAUUGUGGAAUUGAAAAAUUUACAGGUGGAUGAGUAA